AUGAUCCGAAGAGUUCAAACAAACCAAACUCAAAAUGUUGUUGACAUGCUUGAAGAGCUUCAAGCCUUAGACGCAGGACGACCUGAAACAGCACAGAUUGAAACUCGUCCAGUUCGUUUUUCAAAGGGGGGUGUAGUCGCCCUAAAACACAACUGGAAACGUUAUUUGGAGCCCUUUUUCCUUGCUAUUCUUCAGGAGGACCUUCAUUGCAGUAAUGGUGGCAUCCUUGAGCGUACCAUGCGUAUUAACUGGCUUGAGCCGUCAGAGGAACAUGCACUAUUAUACACUGUAGGCAAUGAAGACAACAACAACCCACCUCAGUGUAUUUUAGAUAUUGUAACGGUGGUUCAGGAUGGUGAGAAAUUCAUUCUAUGCCGAAACGAGGAGCAACGCCUAAAAAACUUGGCUAACGGCUCUGACGAGGCUGAUUAUGAUAGCAGUAGUGAGGACGACAGUGAUGGCGACAAAAGUGAAGACGAUGAUGACCAACCGACUCGUUUCGAAGCUGGACGCAGUAGAUCUGGCAGGAGGGUGACACGAUUUGUGCUUUACCAAGCUCAGAACAAUUCCAGGGCCUUUCCGGAGUCAAAUUUUCACACACGUUGUACAUUUUCUCGAUAG